AUGGCGGAAAUCCGUGCCUGCGAUGCAAAGAAAGUCAUUCGGCAUGCUAUUUCAGGUGAGGUCAUUCACAACAGCGUCUUUUCCUACCGCAUUGAUUCUGACGCCACUUCCAGCGAUUGGCACUACACCGUUCCGUAUCCCCGAGAGUAUGUUGAGUAUCUCGAAGAACAGCAAGAGCAGCUGUCCACAGGGCUUCUCACGCUGUACCGCUUGCUGAAAGAAUCCAAUAUCAAGACGGUCCCACCGCUCCCGGAAAAGCCUCAAGCCCAGGAUCUUCUGACAGCGUUGCGCGGUCUGAAGCUGGACCCGCGCAGCCAAUCCCACGGCCACCGCCUGUCGAUGCAUGCGCAGUCCCAAUUUAGUAGUGCGGCAAACAAUGCGACAGGUGUGUCGAAGAACAGGCUCAAUCUCCAGCUACCGAGUCAAUCGCUGCAUGGGCAACCUGAGGCCUCCUCAUCCGGGUCGCCCACUUUAGCCUCAAUGUACGGGCCGUGCUUACCAUCCACGCAAGAUCUCAGCCCCUCGGCGGCUUCCAGAAUCCCUACAUCAGCACCGGGGAGCUUCGUGCCUGGAGCCUUUGGCUCAUUCGACUAUUCGCGGUACACGCAGCCACCGGCCUUCCUGCCUCACAGACACAGCUUCCCCACGGGAUACCCAGCGGCAACGGGAUCAGGAUCGCCCACCAGCGGCGGCUUGGCUAGUGUACCAGCGUCGACCUCCUGGCACCAUCCGACGAGCGCAUGGAGCCCCGUGGCUUCCGUGGACAUGGGCUCGCCGACCACGACGGUCAUCAGGACGCCUCAGUCGCCGCCGGGAGACAGCCGGGCAAGAGGUGGUGAGCACGAGAGUAGUAACAAGGAUAACGGGUACCGGCAACAGCAACAGCACCAGCACCAGCAUCAGCACCCAUCGCAGCAACACGCAUGGGCAGCCACAUGGGCCGGCGAAAUGAGAGGUGGAGUCGGAGUCGGAAUGUUCGCAAACAUGAUGGGUGGUGGGGAUGAGUAUGAUUCGGGACUUGGACUGGAAGCAGAGUCUAUCGAGCAGCGCGGACGGAUCGUGCUUCCACAUGACACUCACGCGCUAUGA